CUGCUGCUGGCAGGAAGAGGAUGUCUGAACAUGAAUGGCAGAGGAGACGAAGCCUCUUAAGAGCCUGUUAUUCAGCAAUAGUUAUGAACUCCCGUUUACGAGCUUUAGGUGGGAGGAUAAAUAACAUACGAGCAUCAGAGCUACCAAAAGAGAAAACCCGAUCAGAAAUAAUCUGCAACGUCCACUUUUUGGAUGGCUCAGUACAAAGCUUCAAAGUCAACAAACAAGACACUGGACAGAUUUUGUUGGAUAUGACCUUUAACCAGCUGGGUGUGACAGAGAAGGAAUAUUUUGGUUUACAGCAAAAUGAGACUUCAGUAGAUUCACCUCGAUGGCUUGAACCAAGCAAACCUAUUAGAAAACAGUUAAAAGGAGGCUUUCCCUGCACACUUCGUUUUCGCGUAAGGUUUUUUAUACCUGAUCCUAACACACUGCAGCAAGAACAAACCAGGCAUUUAUUCUUCCUGCAGUUGAAGACUGAUAUUGCAGAAGGAAGGUUGUCAUGCCCUAUGGAAUAUGCUAUUCCCCUGGCAUCAUAUGCAGUACAAUCACUACUUGGAGACUAUAAUGCUUCAGUGCAUUGUUCAGGAUAUCUGUCAAAUUACAACUUUAUACCGGAGCAGAACAAAGAUUUUCUUACCCAAGUAGAAAUACAACAUGAGCAAAACAGUGGCCUCAAGAAAUCUGAAGCAGAGUCCUGGUAUAUAAAUAUAGCAAGAACACUUGAAUUCUAUGGAGUGGAAUUGCACAGUGGUAGAGAUCUCCAUAAUCUAGAUCUUAUGAUUGGAAUUGCAUCCAGUGGAAUUUCUGUAUAUAGAAAACUCAUCUGUACAAGCUUCUAUCCCUGGGUGAACAUAUUAAAAAUUUCCUUUAAAAGGAAAAAGUUUUUUAUACAACAACGGCAAAAACAUAAUGAAUCCAGAGAGCAUAUUGUUGCCUUCAACAUGUUAAAUUACAGAGCAUGCAAAAAUCUUUGGAAAUCUUGUGUAGAGCAUCACACAUUUUUUCACGCAAAGAAGUCACUACCUCAUGAAAAAAAGAUAUUAACACAUUAUUGGACUCUGGGUUCUAGAAAUCCAGCGAAGUCUGUAAACAACCAGUACUGCAGAAAAGUGAUAGGUGGGAUGAUUUGGAACCCAUCUAUGAGACGAUCCUUAUCAGUUGAGCACCUAGAGACCAAAAGUCUUCCUUCUCGAUCACCUCCUGUUACCCCCAAUUGGCGGAGUCCUAGACUACGUCGCGAAAUCCGCAAACCACGACACUCAUCUGUAGAUAACCUUACGAAUGAGAUUAGUUAUAUUACUGAAACAGAGGAUGUUUUUUACACAUAUAAGGGGUCUCCACCCACAAAGGACAGUGAUUCAGAGUUCUCUCAGCACCGUAGUCCAAGGAGGAGGUCAUCAGAACAAGAAUCACCAAAGAAUGUAUUGGGAAACAAUCCGACGCGGAGUUCUCUGACCCCUCUCUCACCUAAAGCCUUGGGUCGGUCUCCCAAUGGAGUUGGCAACAUUUCUGGCUCUUGCCCAUUGGAAGGGGUGGAUAAGCAGUUCUUAGAAACGUAUGACAACGUUACAAAGAGUAACUCAACAGAAGAUUCCAGUCAGUACUACUGCGAUAAGAAUGACCUAAUUGAGGGGGAUUUACUUUUGGUGCGUAUCAAACCAGAUGAAGAAGGGAAGUUUGGAUUUAAUCUAAAGGGUGGAGUAGAUCAAAAAAUGCCACUGGUGGUAUCAAGAAUAACUCCAGGAUCACCUGCUGAUAAAUGCAUUCCAAAGCUGAAUGAAGGUGAUCAGAUAGUAUUAAUUAAUGGCCGAGAUAUCUCAGAGCACACCCAUGACCAGGUGGUCAUGUUCAUAAAAGCCAGCAGAGAAUCUCACACAAGAGAGCUUGCACUUUUGGUCAGGAGGAAAGUAGUUAAACAGUUUGUGGAGCCCAAAUCAGAAGAUGAAGCUGAUUCCCACACUCUGCCAGAAUCUAUUCUUCCUGUCUGUUCUGAAUAUGAUGGUGAUACACUGGAGGAGUCUAUGGAGCAGCUAAGAAGAGGGCUGGAAAGCGGGACUGUCCUUAUUCAGUUUGAGCAACUUUAUAGAAAGAAACCAGGAUUGGCUGUUACAUGUGCAAAGGUACCUCAGAAUAUGGACAAGAAUAGAUACAAAGAUGUUCUACCUUAUGAUGCCACAAGGAUAAUAUUGCAAGGAGAUGAAGAUUACAUUAAUGCAAAUUAUGUGAAUAUGGAAAUUCCUUCUGCUGGCAUUGUGAACCGGUACAUUGCUACUCAGGGGCCUCUUCCACACACAUGUGCACACUUCUGGCAAGUAGUCUGGGAUCACAAAUUAUCACUGAUCAUCAUGUUAACAACUCUCACUGAACGAGGACGGACCAAAUGUCAUCAGUAUUGGCCUGAUCCACCAGAUGUAAUGGAAUAUGGCUGCUUCCGUGUCAGAUGCCACUCUGAAGACUGCACGAUUGCUUAUGUUGUCAGAGAAAUGGUCAUUACAAACGUUGAGACAGAACAACAACACGCCGUGACCCAUCUCCAGUACGUAGCUUGGCCUGAUCAUGGCGUUCCUGAUGACUCCAUGGACUUCUUGGAGUUUGUGACCUGUAUGAGGCCAAAGAGGGUAAAGAAUGAGCCAGUUCUUGUUCACUGCAGUGCAGGAAUUGGUCGAACUGGUGUGUUGGUCACUAUGGAAACAGCCAUGUGCUUAAUUGAAAGGAACCAGCCAGUUUAUCCACUGGAUAUUGUACGGAAAAUGCGAGACCAGAGAGCUAUGAUGGUGCAAACAUCAAGUCAAUACAAAUUUGUUUGUGAAGCUAUUCUUCGUGUUUACAAAGAAGGAUUGGUUCGACCACUGGAUUCCAGUUAGCACAGCAGUGAAGGAUGAGUUCUUUUUUCGCCUAAAAGCCUGCUCUUUAAGUAAAGCAAGGGCUUGUUUCUGAAAGCAACUAGAAUGGACUAGAAGCCCAUGAAAAGACAGAGGAGCACAUUUGAACUGUGGCACUUUAAAUUUCUCAAGACGAUUGCUAAAUCAUGUACAGUAUAACAAAGUCACAUAGAUAAAUAUAUGACUGCAAUUGUGUGUAAUAUGCUUUAUUCACAUAGACCACCAUAAACAAUCAUGGAAACCUAACACCUAUCUUUUACUGCCUUAAAACACCCUUUACUUUGGAAGCUAUAAAGUUUCUUGUGUUUCCUUUGAAAUAGCAAAAAGAAAACUCCUAUUAUUGAAAUGAUUCAUCAUAAGAAGGUAUUUAAUAUAUUUGUAUUGUAUGAAAGUUCAUUGAAGGUGAAUAUUUGUAACUUUAUUAUUGGGAUACUAAAUAUCCAUGGAACUGUAACCUUGACUAAAAGGCUGACAAAGAGCUUUAAAGGCUAAUGCAUAACUACUGUACACUGAGCUGGAGAAAUUUAUUAUUCAGUUACCGUAAAUCUAUUAGUGAGUAUGCCAGCUGUUAUAAUAUGCUGCUUAGAAAUCACAUCUACUGUAUGUGAUGUGAAAAUAAUGCUGCAUUUAGGCAUUUAUGCAGAUGGUACAGUCUACAUUUUCUGUUGAUCAAUUUUAGUUGCAAUUGCCCUUUUGACAGUGACCUACUUCUUACUGUUUUAGUUAUUGCACCCCUUUUCUUCUGUUUCUGCUGUCCAUCUCCUUUAUAUUUUUCACUGCUGUUUCUAUAUGUGGACUGACAACAUUUUAACUUAAAAUGAGGUUUAAUUCUCUGUCAUGUUUGUUUCCAUGUGUAUUUAUGAGUUCUCAGAUGUAAAUGUGGAUUAAUGUUGCACACAAGUACUAGACUUUUGACUUACUGUAUAUGCAAAAUAGUGUAAUCCAAUACUGGAAGAAAAAUUACUACUGAACCCAUCAAAUAUGUUGCUGCUAUUUCAAGGUGUGAAGCUUACAAGGGCACAGGUGUUGCUAGUGUUCAGAAAGUGAUAAAAUGUUGACUUGCUGCCCUCCAGCAAAGCACUCUUAUCCAGCGAAAAACAACUCCCUUUUGCAAGAGUUCUCCAGAUUUACUGUGUUUCUGCUUAUACAGAAAUGCAGUUAAAUUCACCUGAAGAUUUACGUGGAAAGAGAAAAUGAAUUUGUACACUGAUGAAUAAUUCACCCUAAGGUACACUGGUCUCUAUUUCAUUUCAGAUGAGAGAAUUGGACUUUCGGAACAGUAUAACCACAUUUGUAUAAAGUUAAAUUAUUUUGUGUGUGCUUUUUGAUUAACCUGAGAUAAUUAUUAAUUUUUUAAUAGUGUUUAAAAAUAUUCUAAGGGACUGUUUAAAACUCUGUUAUUUAAAAAAUUAGUCCUAAAUAGGGUGAAAUUUUUAUGGGGCAUAUUAGCCAGAUGUUUAUAUGUAUAAAAGAGAAAAUUAGAUGAUGUUUUUUUUCAGAGAAAUAUAUAUGCACACACAUAUUCAGAUGUAUUUUAGAAUUAUGCUUUGUAUUAUGGAUAUUAUCAUUUAUAGCUGGAGUUUCAUUAUAGAAACUAUCACAGCUGUACAAUACGCAUCUCUCAUGUUACUGGAAAACUAUGGUUUUUCCCCCCAGGAGAUAACUACAAAGUACAUGUAGGAUGAGCUAAAUUGCUGACUUGUUUUUUGUAGACUUUAUCCUUUCUCCAAGACUAGAUUUUUAACUGUAACUGAAGAUGAUACCUGGUUACUAUUUAUUGAUCAAAAGCAUUAUAAUUGAGAUGUGCAGAGUAGUUGGCGACAUGGAAACAUUCUUGGCCUUGUUAGAUUGAAUAGAUUUGUGCCCAUCCUUACAUACUGCAUUCCAAAUUUCACUUCAACUGGAGUUUUUUGUAUCAUUUUGGAUCAUUGUCAUCUUGCUUGAUUGGGAAUAGAUCAGAAGGCAAAAGACUGGCUUACUCUUACCUUGCUAAAUUGCAUCAGGUAGCUCAAUCUGUCUGUGAAUCCAAAUAUAAAAUGAUAGUGAACCUGAACAUAUUACUUGGGAAGCUUUGUUACAUGUGUGCCUGUCUGUUGAAACAUCUUUUUUUGGGAGGGUUUUUUUUUGUUUUUUUAAGUUUUCCUCUGCCCAGGUCUCAGAGUCAUCCCUUGUAGUUGGCAUGACUUGUAUUUAAUAGUUUGUCAAGAAGUGAAAAAAGGCAAGAAAAUAAAUAGUAAGAAAAUAUUUAGAGCAUCUUUGUGACAUCUGUGUCUUUCAUGGAAGUACUUACAGCUUCUUUGUGUUCAAGGUUAUUCCUGUAUUCCAAUUACUAUUAAUGUUUCUUCAUGUUUAAUAUGUUCUUACCAAAGCACUGUAAAUGUAUUUCUUGUAUAACUCCAGUCUCAAGAUACAUGGUAUAGACUUGACUUGGGUUAGUAUGUGUGCAUUUAAAUGAUGACUGUCUUAUUGUGACAAGAAAUGCUGCUCUUAUUCUGGUAAACUUGGAUGGAUUUGGUAACACCAUUGGGGAGCUCUUGGAUUUUAAUAACUUGUUUGAAAUUGCUGGCCACAGAGAGAAUACUCAAAGCUAUAUAAAUAGUAAUCUCUAUAAGUUGGUUGGUUGGUCAUUUUUUUUUAACACCUUAGAGGAAAUAUUAACUACACAAGUAUAUUGUAUAUUGUGUCCAUCUUUAUUUCAGUCUUGCUGGGUUUUGCACAUGUUACCUGUAGGGUCCAUAGGGGAGAAUUUAAAGGGUUUUGUCCUCUCUCUCUAGUGUGUGAUGACUUUGCACUGAAUGAAGUAGAUUUGAUCUUGCAAUGAAAGCAUAAUUAUGAAAACAUCUUAACACCAGCUUGUUUCCACAAAAUUUAAGAAAUCAUGAAGAAAUAGAUUUAAUUAAUCAAUUUAGUGGGGUUUUGGUGGGAAUCAAAACUUGUGACUGCAAAGUUUUUAAUUGUCAAGCGAUUGGCAAAUGGUAGAAAAUGCUGUGAAGACAAUAUUCUGUAUAACCUUCAUAAGCAUUUUACCCUCGAUUUCUCCUGUGCUGGCAUCAUCAUGGAAAUCAUUAUUCAAAAUGUCUGGUAUGGUGGUGGAUGAAGAGGGAGCAAUAAACCCUUGACAUUUUCAUCGCUGUGAAAUACACUAACAUUUAUUUCUACAGAAUUAAACAAAUUUUAACUCAGUGGCUUUAUAUUUGAUAUGGAAGUAACUAAACUGCCUAUUCAGCAUGUCUUCAGAAAUCUCACGGGGGAAGGAGACAGAGGUGAAAGGGACAGGUCUUGCUAUUUAUUAAAAAUAAGGAAAACAGUGCCCUAAACCAUGAAUGCCUUUUGUGUAACCAGAUGUAUGAAAUACAAAUCAUUAAAAUACAACCAAACCUUGAA